AUGAUUGAGUUUAUUUUCCAGGACUGGAUACCUCCCCUAAAAGUCAUUUCUCAUGGACUCCCUCGUGCUCAGGCGCGUAUCGUGGGUGGUGUUGAAGCCGAACCACACAAACACGGAUAUCAGUCUGCUGUGAUUCGAGGUAGAUAUUUUAUCUGCGGAGGAGCUGUUAUCAGUGAGUACUUUGUGCUGACUGCUGGCCAUUGCGUGAAAAGUAGGAGAGGAAGGUACUCGGUACUUUUGGGCAGCCACAAUCUAAAAACCGCAGAGGAAUCGCGUCAGAUAAUUGCCGUAGAUGAGGUUCAUGUGCAUCCUGAUUUCGAUUUGGAUGACACUAUUGUGCUCGACAUUGCAGUCUUGCAAUUAAAGACGAAGAUUAAAAUGAACGAAAAGGUCUUCCCCCUUAACCUGCCGGAGAACAACGUGUAUCAUGGAAUGCCCUUGGUGAUCACUGGCUGGGGCGUCACCA